CCGAAGCGCAUCCGAGCAGUGUAUUCCAGUGUGACCGGUGGUUCUUUACAGUCAGUAGUGGUUUGUGCGGUGCUCACUUUUUGUUCCAAAUUUUGAAACAACAUACUCUAUAUCCUCAACAAUGGCAGCCUGGGUAGGAAGGAAGUACAAGAUGGAGAAGUCCGAAGGAUUCGAUGACUACAUGAAGGCCCUCGGUGUCGGUUUGGUGCUCCGCAAGCUCGGCAACAGCAUCUCCCCAACGGUCGAACUAGUCAAGGAGGGCGAUGAGUAUACCUUCAACACCACGUCGACCUUCAAGAACACCACCAUCAAGUUCAAGCUCGGCGAGGAAUUCGAAGAGGAAACUGUCGACGGACGCAAGGUCAAGUCUGUGUGCACCCUCGAGGGCAACAACAAGCUGGUCCAUGAGCAGAAGGGCGAAAAACCAACCACCAUCAUUCGUGAGUUCACCGAGACAGACCUGACUGCCACCAUGACCGCUGGAAGUGCCAAGUGCGUCCGAUACUACAAGGUCGCAUAAGCCGCAUCUCGCUCGCCCAUCAUCACCCUUGUGAACGAAGCAGCGUCCUUUCUUCGACUACUCCAGUCUUUCUAAAACCGAAACGCCAUCUUCCAUACUCGACAACAUCACAAACAACAUCGGACCAACCUAGUCAUCAUUCCUAGAAUGGAACCCAGCAGCUCGCGCAGACCGUUUCGAUCUGUGACCGGAACGGUGUGGUGACAGCAUGGUUCUCUUUUCCAUCACAGUAUCUGACGGGUGCAGACAUGUCUUGUCAACCGACACAAAUCAAGCGGACGCACGCUUUUCAUAUAUUGCAUUUAGUGAACGAAGUGAACAAAUUCAAUUUUUGUUUUUUUUUUUGGCUGUUUUGUUUAAUUUUUUUUUCUCUACUGAACCAUUGUUGAACCGAAACGAAAUAUCUAUUUUCGGAUAUUAUUUUUAGCAUAGUAGUGCAAGGAGCAUGUUGUAUGAACGAUGAACAAAAAGUAAA